CUUUCUGUGUGUUCGAUGAACUACGGCAUCCUUCACAACCGACGGACGAAAGGCGGCAAACCACAUGGACCAAGUGCGGGGCCUAUUCCGCUCCAACGCAUCGCAAGCCAAAUGGGCGUGGACCCUGCUGAAUUAGGGGCCGAAGCCCAGAACAUUUGGAGUAUGCUGGACGACAUGUCUCAAAACGACCCCCAGGCGUACCGCGAGUUUAUUGCAAACCAAGUGACGGACGAAAGCAAGGCCGCGCGAAAGAAAUUCACGCCGACGCCAGGCUUCGUGGUCAAGUACCAUACGGUCCAAGGAAGCACCAGGCAAAAGUUGUUUAUGAAUUGCUGUAGCCACGGCUGUGUGGCGAUUCCGAAAAACCCCAACAACGGCAAAGACGUUCCCAACGACACCCGCAUGGUUCCGUCGACGAGCAACCUGGAAAUCCCACUCGCUAUCGGAGAGCUCCGGUCGCUGGCCAUUCAAGAUGAGACGUGUCAUGUCGUGGAUGCAGUAUUCCAUCCAUGGGUUCUCGAGCGAGCGCAAUGGGACUCCAAGUUCAAGGCAGAUGCCAUGCAACUGGCGAGCACAUGGGUCGAAAAGGAGAAAGGCAUCACGCUGAUACCACCGGGCAAAGUGAUCAAGAGCUUGUACAAAGGCGGAACUGGGAGUGGAGCCAAUGUCAUCGCCCAUGAUUUCAUCGUAGCCGACGAGGCCGGAUCGGACAAGGACAACAACGCCAGUCCCAAACGAAAAGCUGCGGCAGCAACUGCAGGACAAGCGACGCCACCGAUUAAGCCAUCCCCGCCGUCCGUUUUGCAAACCCCCACCGAUGUGUUGAGAAGCCUCGGUCCGCUGUCGAAUCAAGAUGCCGUGGACAACAACGACGAUGAACAAGCCAACUUUAGCAUGAAGCUACCGUCCACCCCAGCUGUCAAGAAGAAGCCUCUCAUUGAAAUCGUCGGCGAGCCCUCGCCUUCGACCAAUAUCCCUACAAGCUCAAUUAACUCUAAAGGAAGAACGAAGAAGGUGGCCACAGUCGUGCAGAAAGGGUUCUUGAACAAGGCGACCAAAGCACCAUUAUAUCCAUCGGGGUCCUCAGAAGGUCAUCCCUCGUCGGCAUAUGUGAAUUUGCUCCAUCGAAGCAAAGUUGUGGACAUGAACAAUAUGCCGCCACCGGCUCCGACCCAAAGCUACCAUCAACCUGCCAACGUGUCCAAGAAGCCUGCCCGCGAGAACGAAGUGGUAGAUGUCGAGUUUGACCAGUUGUGUCUCGAAGCCGAGCCCGAGCUGCUCGACCGAAGCCAAGCCGACGCCAACCCGUUCUUGAACGAACAACUGACAAACUUCUUGAUGGGGAAGAUCUAGCUCCCAAGUUCUAUGUCAAGCAUGAAAAGUAACGAUGUCGUAUUCACUUGAGAUCGAAAGGCACAUCCUGCCUGUCGUCCAACGUCUUCCAGCCGCAUUAUGACGUGCGCAAGGACAACAAUCGAUUUCGCC